AUGAAAUCACAUGGUGCACCAUCACUCCGAAUCAAGACAAUAUUAAUAGGCAAGAAUCGAAAAGCUGCUACUCAAGCUCUCGUAGAUAGUGGAGCAACAGGAAUAUUCAUGCACCCCAGAUUCGUGGAAACGCAUAGAAUAAAAACCCGGAAAACCCCAGCCCCCAUCCCAGUCAACACGGUCCAAAAUACAGAAUUUAAAGGAGGACCAAUCACAAAAUUCGCAGAACUAAAACUACAAGUUCUAGGCGAACAAGGGGGAACACACACCGAAUCGGCAAAAUUCUAUAUAGCCGAAAUCGGGAAAGAAGAUGUCAUCUUGGGAACCGACUAG